AUGGCUAACGACGAGUAUGAUUUUCUCUUCAAAGGUAAAGUCGCCACUUUUCCCCGGCGCAGUCGCCGCAAGGCUCUGGUGCUUAUUGGAGAUUCUGGUGUUGGAAAAUCCAACCUUUUGAGCCGAUUUACCCGUAAUGAAUUCAACCUCGACUCCAAGUCGACCAUUGGUGUUGAAUUCGCAACCCGCUCCAUCCAGGUUGAUUCCAAGACGAUCAAGGCACAGAUCUGGGAUACGGCCGGUCAGGAACGUUAUCGCGCCAUCACCUCGGCCUACUACCGUGGUGCUGUCGGCGCCCUUCUCGUCUACGACAUUAGCAAGCAUCAGACCUACGAUAACGUCAAUCGGUGGUUGAAGGAACUCCGCGAUCACGCCGAUUCCAACAUCGUCAUCAUGCUGGUAGGAAACAAGAGUGAUCUGAGACACCUGCGGGCUGUGCCCACAGAGGAAGCCAAGCAGUUUGCGAGCGAGAACAACCUUUCCUUUAUCGAGACCUCUGCCCUUGAUGCAAGCAACGUUGAACUCGCCUUUCAGAACAUCCUCACAGAAAUCUACCGUAUUGUUUCCAGCAAAGCCAUCGACGGUGGAGAUUCGGGCCAGGCCGACGUCGGCGAGCGUCGUCCGGUGGUUAUUAACCCAUCGCAGGGUCCUGAGGCAAAGCAGGGUUGCUGUUAA